GCGAGAUGAUGACGAGGAGGAGAUGGGCAUGAGGUGCAAGCGCCACCCCUUCCAGGCCGGCGGCGGCGUCUGCGCCACGUGCCUCCGGGACCGCCUCCUCGUGCUCGCCGCCGCGCAGAACGACGCGUCCUCGCCGGCACCGUCACCAGCGCCAGCGCCUCCUCCUCCCGCGGCCCCGGCGUUCCCGAGGUCCGUGUCGCCGUACGUGUCCCGCAGGAAGUCCGACUCCUCCAGCGCCGCGCUCCGGAGCCACCACCCGAGCCUGCUCUUCUUCCGCACGCCGCAGGUCGGCCCCAGCGCCCCGCUCGAGGAAGGCGACAUCGGCUACCACAAGCGCCGCGCCGGCAAGUUCUCCGUGCUCUCCACGCUCUUCGGCAACCACCAUCACCACCACCACAGAUCGGACGAAGACAAAGCCAAGGACCCCAACAAGAACCGUUCUUGGCUGGCCGGGAUCAUCCCGCGCCGCCGCAAGAAACAGCCGGCGCUGCCCCCGUCCCCGCCGCCGAGGCGCUCCUGCCGCGCGGUCAGCAACCGGGGCCUGUCACCUGAGCGGGGCAGCAGCGGCGACGACGAGAGCAGCUCGCCCUCCGGCGGCGACCCCGACCCGCCGUGGCGGCCGACCCCUUCGCCGAUGCGGAAGACGCCCUGCCGGCGCCGCCAGACCAGCGGCGGCAUGCCGUCGGGGCUGGCCGUCUGCCUCAGCCCGCUCGUGCGGCCCAGCCCCGGGCGCCGCCGCCGCGCCGCCCCGCAGCCGCCCGACACCUUCUCGGCCGAGCUCCGCCCGUCGCCGCUCCACGCCGCCGCAGCCUCCGUCCCGCGCUGCCGCUCCAGGAAGCUCGCCGACGGCGCUCGCUUCCGGUGAUCUUCUCCGUUUCUUUUUUUCUCUUUGUUUUUUUUUAUAGUGCUAUAGUAUGAAUGAUCUUUUCUUCCCGCGCGCGCUCGCUGUCACGCAAUCCCAAUUACGACCGCCUCUUGGUAGCUUCUUCUGGAUUUACGACGACUUGUCCAUUCGUGAAGAAGAGAAAUCACUCCGUUGACAUAUACUCAUACUAGUAGUAGUAGGUUACUAGUGUGCUCAUACAAGUGCUUUGAUUGUCUGUACAGCUAGCUGUCUGGUUCUGAUUUGCAAAAAAGAUUCAAGUAACCCCCAAUCUC